ACUUCGAUUUUAGUGUCGCUCGAAAUCAAAACUGGAGACAUUGAUAUAUCGAAGAAGAAGAAGCUGAAAAUGUCAAGCUAGCAAAUCGGAUUCUCGUGAAAAGCUAGCUAUAUAUGGCUUCCGUUGCUUCUAAGCUCUAUUCAGACGAUGUCAGUCUUCUAGUGUUGUUGCUUGAUACUAAUCCCUUAUUCUGGAGCAAUACAUCGACUACAUUCUCUCAGUUCCUCUCUCAUGUGCUUGCUUUUCUGAACGCGGUUUCGGGAUUGAAUCAACUGAACCAAGUUGUUGUGAUAGCUACUGGAUACAGCUCAUGUGAUUACAUCUAUGAUUCGUCUUUGGCAUCGAAUGUGAUGAGCUCAGAGAGCGGUAGUAGAACUGGAAUGCCUGCUCUUUUUGGUUCUUUGCUUGAGAAGCUGGAAGAUUUUAUUGCCAGAGAUGAGGAGCUCAUCAAGGAGGGGCAGGAGCAUCAUGAUGAUGAUAAUAGAAUAUCUUCUUCUUUCUUGUCAGGAUCACUCUCCAUGGCUCUUUGCUACAUACAGAGGGUUUUCCGUUCUGGACAUCUUCAUCCCCAGCCUCGGAUUUUAUGCUUGCAAGGCUCUCCGGAUGGCCCGGAACAAUAUGUAGCUGUUAUGAACUCUAUCUUCUCAGCACAACGCCUAAUGGUGCCCAUUGAUUCUUGUUACAUAGGUACACAGAACUCGGCAUUUCUGCAGCAGGCAUCUUACAUAACAGGCGGUGUACAUCAUGCACCUAAACAGUUGGAUGGGCUGUUUCAGUUUCUAACGACAAUCUUUGCCACUGAUUUGCACACCCGGAGCUUUGUGCAGCUUCCUAAACCCGUAGGCGUUGAUUUUCGAGCAUCGUGUUUUUGCCACAAGAAGACUAUCGAUAUGGGGUAUGUUUGUUCGGUAUGUCUGUCCAUUUUUUGUGAGCAUCACAAGAAAUGUUCAACGUGCGGUUCUGUUUUUGGUCAGUCAAAGCUUGAUGGUGUUUCAACUGUGAGUGAUAAGAAGAGAAAGGCUCCUGAUUCUUAAAAACAUCUUUUACGCUGGAGCCACUUGCAAAGUUUGCUCAGUAUUCAAGCAUCGUAGUCUUUGCGUUGAUUUACAAGAAUCUAUGAACGAACACCAAAUUGAAAAUCAACUAAAUUACAGUUUUGAUCAAACCCUUAGUGCCUAGUGAUUUUAGUUUAUUUUUGCGAA